CGUGCCCACGCCUAGCCGGAGCAUUCCUAGGCAACGUGCGUAUGUCCGUGCGUGUGUGCGUCCUCCUUGCCUCCUUCCCUGAGAGCGUGCUCCGUCCACCGGCGACGAUGAUCUGCCUGUUUCUGUCCAUAUUCGCUUACAUCUUUCAGUCAGGGUGGACCGGGGUGAACGAGCGCACCUUCAUUGCUGUGAAACCCGAUGGCGUGCAGCGAAGACUGGUGGGAGAAAUCGUACGCCGCUUUGAGAAGAGAGGGUUCAAGCUGGUGGGCCUCAAACUAAUGCAGGCAUCUGAGGACCUUCUCAGGGAACAUUACUGUGAACUGAGGAGUAAGCCCUUUUUCAGCAGACUGAUGACCUACAUGAGCUCAGGACCAGUUGUUGCAAUGGUGUGGCAGGGUCUGGACGUGGUUAAGACUGCGCGUAAGAUGUUGGGAGAGACCAACCCUGCAGAGUCGCUGCCAGGAACCAUCCGAGGAGAUUUCUGCGUGGAGACGGGCAGGAACGUGAUCCACGGCAGCGACUCGGUGGAGAGCGCGCAGAAGGAGAUCUCCCUGUGGUUCCGUCAGAACGAGCUUCAGUGCUGGGAGGACAGCAGCAGCCGCUGGAUCUACAACUGACGGUCUUCACCUACUGUCUGUACACCGUCCUGUGGUAAACCAGUGUUUUUUUUUUUGGUUUGUUUGUUUUUUUCCUUUUUUCAUGUUAGUCUCAUUACAAGAUGGAUCACAUCGUACCUCAGAGGAAUAUUUUGGCUUUAGUAGCUUGUAGCCACAUGAGAGAUGCUGUGUCAUCGCUGCCUUGCUGGAACAAUCGCUGCUUCUUUUUUCAUACAUUUGAAUUUGUAUCCAUGCGAAGUACAUUUCAGAGGUGAAAUGAUUUUACAAAGCAAAAAUGCACUAAACAGGCAAAAAGUUGACUUGACAGCGUCUGCCUCUGUUACAGUUUUCAUUGAAAUUUUAGUUUCGUCCAGAACACUAGCUCAUGUUUACAGUUUUUAAGCAAUAAGCUGGGAUUUGAAGCAAUAGAAGGCCAUGGGUCAUAACUGUCUAUUAAAAGGUACAGGAAACUUUUUUCCCAUAUCAGUAGGCAGGUGAAGUUACACAGCUAAAUUGUCAUGAACUCACUGUCCACUUUGUGACUUUGAAUUAUAUAGUUUUCCCCUUUGCUCCUUGUAAUUUUUAAGGAGAAUAAUAAGCCAAAUGUUGACAUUUCUCUUGUAAUGAACAGUAAAAACAUGGAAGCAAUUUACAGACAUUAAACACCAUUAUUGCCUUUUGCACAUUCAUAAUAAUCAGUUUCCUGUACUUUUUAAAUUCAUAUUUUGUAAAGGUGUAAACAGAUUGUCACGUCACUUGAAACUACUUGAAUGUAAUUACAGAUGUAAGUUUGCUAACAUCUUUUCUAAAAUAAUAAGAAUAAUUUUUCCAUCUGCCAGUUACCGUGGUCACAUUCAUGCUUUUAUAAACUGUAAACUAUAAUCAUGCUGAAUGGAUACAUUGGAAUUGUCAAAUACAAUAAAUCUAAUUGAAAUCCUUUUUAA